AUGCCGACAGAGCAAAUCCGUUUUAACAGUAACAUCAGUAACAGCGAAACUGACACAGAGGCUACCAGUAACAGCGAAACUGACACAGAGGCUACCAGUAACAGUGAAACUGACACAGAGGCUAUCAGUAACAGCAAAACUGACACAGAAGCUAUCAGUAACAGCGAAACUGACACAGAGGCUAUCAUUAACAUCAGUAACAGCGAAACUGACACAGAGGCUAUCAGUAACAGCAAAACUGACACAGAAGCUAUCACUAUCAGUAACAUCAGUAACAGCGAAACUGACACAGAGGCUAUCAGUAACAUCAGUAACAGCGAAACUGACACAGAAGUUAUCAGUAACAGCGAAACUGACACAGAGGCUAUCAGUAACAGCGAAACUGACACAGAGGAUAUCAGUAACAUCAGUAACAGCGAAACUGACACAGAAGUUAUCAGUAACAGCGAAACUGACACAGAGGCUAUCAGUAACAGCGAAACGGACACAGAGGCUAUCAGUAACAACGAAACUGACACAGAAGCUAUCAGUAACAUCAGUAACAGCAAAACUGACACAGAGGCUAUCAGUAACAUCAGUAACAACGAAACUGACACAGAGGCCAUCAAUAACAGCGAAACUGACACAGAGGCUAUCAGUAACAUCAGUAACAGCGAAACUGACACAGAAGUUAUCAGUAACAGCGAAACUGACACAGAGGCUAUCAGUAACAGCGAAACUGACACAGAAGCUAUCAGUAACAUCAGUAACAGCGAAACUAAUACAGAUGCCAUCAGUAACAGCAAAACUGACACAGAGGCUAUCAGUAACAUCAGUAACAGCGAAACUAACACAGAGACGAUCAGUAACAUCAGUAACAGCGAAACUGACACAGAGGCUAUCAGUAACAGUGAAACUGACACAGAGGCUAUCAGUAAUAUCAGUAACAGCGAAACUGACACAGAGGCUAUCAGUAAUAUCAGUAACAGUGAAACUGACACAGAAGCUAUCAGUAACAUCAGUAACAGCGAAACUGACACAGAGGCUAUCAGUAACAGCGAAACUGACACAGAGGCUAUCAGUAACAGCGAAACUGACACAGAAGCUAUCAGUAACAUCAGUAACAGCGAAACUGACACAGAGGCUAUCAGUAACAGCGAAACUGACACAGAGGCUAUCAGUAAUAUCAGUAACAGUGAAACUGACACAGAAGCUAUCAGUAACAGCGAAACUGACACAGAGGCUAUCAGUAACAGCGAAACGGACACAGAGGCUAUCAGUAACAGCGAAACUGACACAGAAGCUAUCAGUAACAUCAGUAACAGCGAAACUGACACAGAGGCUAUCAGUAACAGCGAAACGGACACAGAGGCUAUCAGUAACAGCGAAACUGACACAGAAGCUAUCAGUAACAGCAAAACUGACACAGAGUAUAUCAGUAAUAUCAGUAACAGCGAAACUGACACAGAGGCUAUCAGUAACAUCAGUAACAGCGAAACUAACACAGAGGCCAUCAGUAACAGCGAAACUGACACAGAGGCUAUCAGUAACAUCAGUAACAGCGAAACUAACACAGAGGAUAUCAGGAACAGCGAAACUAACACAGAUGCCAUCAGUAACAGCGAAACUAAUACAGAGGCUAUCAGUAACAUCAGUAACAGCGAAACUAACACAGAGACGAUCAGUAACAUCGAAACUGACACAGAGGCUAUCAGUAACAGUGAAACUGACACAGAGGCUAUCAGUAACAGCGAAACUGACACAGAGGAUAUCAGUAAUAUCAGUAACAGCGAAACUGACACAGAGGCUAUCAGUAAUAUCAGUAACAGUGAAACUGACACAGAAGCUAUCAGUAACAGCGAAACUGACACAGAGGCCAUCAGUAACAUCAGUAACAGCGAAACUGACACAGAGGAUAUCAGUAAUAUCAGUAACAACGAAACUGACACAGAGGCUAUCAGUAACAUCAGUAACAGCGAAACUGACACAGACGCCAUCAGUAACAGCGAAACUGACACACAGGCUAUCAGUAACAGCGAAACUGACACAUAA